AUGAGCAUCAACAGCUUGGAAGACCAGAGGUUGAAAGGGUUACAGUAUCUGGCCGCGGUAGGAGAUGUCGAUAAAUUAUUUUCAGAACUCACAAAGGAUCUAUAUGUUUUGGAGGAUAUUGAAAAGAUACCAUUAGUGACUACUCCCUUACACACAGCUGUAAGCCAAGGAAAGAUCCGUUUCGCUAAGGAAAUAGUAAACUUAAAGCCAUCAUUUGCUUGGAAGCGAGACGAACGAGGGCUUAGCCCCCUCCAUUUGGCUUUGGAAGGGAAGCACCUGCAGGAAGGGCAGGAUCCUCGUGAUCCAGAUUUGGAGCGGGAGUACCAGGAACUUAUAACUUGGUUGAUUAAACAUGACAGUGGGCUUGUCCGUGUUAAAGCAAUGGGGUUGGUUACUCCUUUGCACUAUGCAGCUCAAGUGGACGACGAAUCCAGCUUAGCUGAGUUUUUGCAUGUUUCUCCAUCAUCAAUCGAAGAUUUGACUGUUAAAUCUGAAACUGCUGUCCAUGUCGCCAUAAAAAACGGGAGCUUCAAAGCCUUUAAAGUCUUGUUAGGAUGGCUUCGACGCGUCUACAAACUGGAGAUCCUGAGCAGGGAGGACGAAGAAGGAAACAAUGCAUUGCAUACUGUCUGCAAGUAA